ACGUCGCGCGGCCGCGGUAAGCCUCAGUCAGUCGGAUGCGCGAGCGCACAGGGCCGGCCCGCGCCAACCACAAUACCCAACAAAACCUGUGUUAGUGCACGUUUAUGGGAACCGGCAAUAGAUCAACCGCAUAAUACAGAGGCAAAAUGCCGCGUUUCAAGACUAUUCUGGUGACGGGGGGCGCUGGCUACAUCGGCAGCCACUGCGUGGUGGACCUACUGCAGGCCGGCCAUGAAGUCGUAGCCAUAGACAACUUCGCCAAUGCAGUUGGCGAUGACGAGGGCUCCCCGGCGUUGCGCCGCGCAGAGAUAAUCACGGACAAGAAAAUCACCUUCUACAGAGCCGAUUUACUGGACAAACAACAGAUUGUGGACAUAUUCGAUAAGCAUGAAAUCGAUUGCGUCAUCCACUUUGCUGCUCUAAAAGCCGUUGGCGAAUCAAUGCAGCAACCACUUCUAUACUAUCAGAACAAUCUUCUAGGAAUGCUCAAUUUGUUGGAGGUAAUGCGGUCACACAACUGCUACCAAAUGGUGUUUUCUUCGUCGUGCACGGUGUACGGCGAGCCGGAGCACCUGCCUAUUACAGAGACCCACCCUACUGGGAACAUCACCAAUGUGUAUGGCCGCACUAAAUACUUCAUUGAGGAGAUGCUCAAGGAUCUGAGUGCUGCUGACGAGAAAUGGAACAUCAUAUCCUUAAGAUAUUUCAACCCGGUUGGCGCGCACCCAUCAGGCCUGAUCGGCGAGGACCCGACCAAGGAGUUCUCAAACCUCAUGCCCUUCAUGGCACAGGUGGCCCUGGGAAAGAAGCCCGUUCUGACAAUAUUCGGAAGCGACUACAACACCCCUGAUGGAACUGGAGUUCGAGAUUACAUCCAUGUGAUGGACUUGGCGAGUGGACAUGUGGCGGCCUUGAAUCUGCUCAGCAACAACCACGUAAAACUCAAGGUUUACAACUUGGGAACAGGCAGAGGAGUGUCAGUCAAACAGCUGGUGGAGGUAUUCGAGCGUGUCACCAACACAAAGAUUCCACUGAAGUAUGUGGACCGAAGACUGGGGGACAUUACGGCCAUGUGGGCCGACGCUACGCUAGCCAAAGAGGAACUGGGCUGGACCACGAAGCAUAGCGUUGAGGAGAUGUGUACUGAUUUUUGGAGAUGGCAAACCAUGAAUCCUGAUGGAUAUCCUAAGAAAGCAAAGACAAAUGUUAUUGUCAAUGGAAAAAGUUAAUGUCAUCUUACAAAACUCUUAAUUUAAUGUGUAAUUAAAUAAGUUCUAAUUUA